AGAAGUGUGCCAGUCUGGAGAAACAAGCCCAACAGAACCAUAAUGACCGCGGCUCCGCCCAGGCGGAAACCGAGCGGCUAAACAAGCGAAUGCUGCAACUGGAACAGCAGUUAGCAUCCACCACCAAAGAGCGCGAUCAAGCGGCCCGUGAAGCCGAAUCCUUACGGAAGAUCUGUUCGCAGCAGGACGAGCAGCUCAACCGAACCCGCCAAGAGCAGGACCAGUCCGGAUCGGAGGCCAACCGAUUGUUUACAUUGCUCAAAGAGGCCGAGGAGGAGAAGAUGACCAAAGACCAACAAAUCAGCGCACUGCGCCAGGAACUGCAGCAGCUGCAAAGUCAAGCCGAACAACUGCGGCGUGAACACGAUGCGGAUAAACGUCGCAGCCAAGAGCUGACGGAACAAUUGAAACGGCAAGCACAGCAGCAGUCCGCCGCACAGAUGCAGGGCACGGAGGAAAUUGCCACCCGGAUGCGCGAGAAGGAUGCCCAGGUUGCUCAACUGGAAAGGGCGCUCGAGCAGAGUAGCUCCCUUACCAUGGAACGCGAGAUGAUUGUAGCUCAACAACUGGAAAGGCUCCAAGUUGCUGAGGAAAAGGUCCAACAAUACGAGCAACAGUUUAAGGAGAUUGAGAAAGCGUACAACGAGAUUGCUGCGGAGCUGACUCGUCUUCAAACGCAAUCUGCCGGCAAGGAAGACCAGAUUGCUCGUCUUAUGGAAGAUAGAAUAGAAAUGGAAAAUGAACUGCAAAGACUCACGCAAGACUGUCUUUUGGCGGCUAUAAGUGAAAAAAUGGCGCAUAUUGCACUGAAAGAAACUGGACCGAAAAAUGUGCGAACUGCCGACGAACUGCGCCAACUGCGCACCGAAAAGGAAAACCUGGAAAGGAGACUAUCACAAAUGCCUCCUCCUCCUCCCAAAGCAAAGCCUUCCCAAUCGCAACCACCCCAAAGAAAGUGAAAUUAGUCCUCACGCUGUUCCUGCGUUUGCCCAAAGCGUUACAUACCUCUCUAUGGAAACCAAAGCAAUAUUUCCGGAUCUUUUUUGUGACCAUUCCUGAUGCUCCGCAGUGUGGCGGACAUUUGUGCGGCCUACGGGAAAUACCCCACCGGUUGACCGGUGUUCUUGCUUCCAUUUUAGGAACGCUAAAUUAUGAAGAAUAUUUCUCAACUGUGCUUUUAUGAUGACCCGGUUUUAGUUUGAAAAAGGAAAACCUAGCCUGGCUUGUUUAAAAAAAGUUAUUUAACAAAUGCGAAUGCUC